AUGGAUUGUCGCAGUAUCUCGCCUUUGAUCGUUCAUUCAUCUGCAUUUAUAGAGCCAGUGGUAGUUCCAUCAAGAAAGCCAACAACUGGGGCUUCGACUGGGAGUCCAACCUCAGCAUCAACAAACGCUGGCGAAGGGCUGUCUUGCGGAGAUGGGCUGACUUGUGGUCCACAUUCUCAGCUCCUUUGCCUUAACAUGCACAAUUACUACCGAGGCCUACAUGGCUCUCCACCAAUGGAGUGUGACCCCGAGCUGGCGAAAUCUGCCCAGAAAUGGACAGAUCAACAAGCCGCUAAAGGUUAUAUGCACCAUUCCGAAUCGACAAACAGAUUUACUGAAAGCAUUUCUUGGAAAGGAUGGGGUUGGGAAGGGAUGGACAAAAUGGAAGGAGCCAUCCCUAAUGCAGUGAGAAGCUGGUAUUCAGAGAUCAAGAACGGUUACAAUUACCACACAGGCCGAGGUACUGGCGUCAUUGGACAUUUUCAAGCGGUAGUGUGGGCAGGAGAGACCAAGUUGGGUUGUGGACUUAACAUCAAGCCAAACGAUGGUACUUACGUCACUGCACGUUAUGCUCCGCCCUCUCACACGAGCAUGGAAAAAGAAAAAAUAGCUCCAGAUAAUGUAGAAUGCAGGAGAUCACCAGAACCCGGCUGCAAUAUACGUUCCGGUGACCGUGAAUUGUGCAGACUGGAUCUGACGGCACCAUUCGUCAAUCCAGGAAAUUGCCCCCUUGAAUGUUACUACGACGAUAUGAUUAUGAGUGAGCCGUCAGUUAAGUUUUACAAUCGCGAGGGACGUACUUGGUGUUUUAAGAGACAGUAA